AUGGAUGGUUCUUUGCCUCGUCUUGCUCUUUAUGAUCCCAAUUUCGCUCUAUGGGAUCAUUGUAAUACCUUGGUGGUUUCAUGGCUUCAUCAGUCUCUUGAUCCAGAAAUCUUGCAAACCAUCAUGUGGAUGGAGAAUGCAUCGGAUAGCUGGAAUACUCUCAAGAAACAUUAUUACCAAGGAGAUGUAUUUCGGAUCAGUGACUUACAAGAAGAAAUUUAUCUACUUAAACAAGAGGUAGAGGUCAUGGAAGCUAUACAUCAGGUGGAAGAGGUAGAGGCAGAAGCACAAAAAUAUGCACUUAUUGUAACAAAUCAGGACAAACUCUUCCUUGAGGACGAUUGGAGCAGCUGA